CUGCCGCGUCUCCGCUGGACGGCACUCCUGGUAAACGCGCAGGGGCUCCUGGAGCAGCCUCGCCGCGGCCCCGGUCUCCUGCCAUGUGUGCCCUGCGCCGCCAGGCUCGCGGCGGCCGGGUCCGGAAGGACGCCCACCCGCCGGGGGGCACAAGGCAGCCGCAGAUGCGCGGCCUCCAGCGGGACGGUGCUGGGCUGUGGCCUGCGCACAGGUGGCCACUGCCCCCGACUUGGGGACACGGGGCUCACCGGAGGACUCGCGUCUGAGCCCCGGCCUGGCCUGGGGCACCCCCCCGCCGGGCUCUUCAGGCUCUGGGGUCCCGGUGGAGAUGGGCACUGGGGUGCACGAAGUUGCCCUGCAGGGUGUGGCCUUUGUCUCCCGCCACCCCGGUGUUAAAGGGGAGCUCAGGCUCCGGCCCGGGGGCCGAGUCAGGGUGGCCUCUGGGUGGGAAGUCGCUCCCCCCCACACCGCUCCUCCAGCACCUUCGGGUCCUCUCCGAGGGCGGGUGGGGUGGCGCUGCCGGCCUGUGCCCAGGCCUGCGGCAGAGCCGCCUGCACCCAGGGUAGGUACCCUUGGGGCCCGAGGACCAAGGCUCACUGCCUCAGCUUCCCCAGCAGUCUCGGCCGCCGGGCCGCACCACGGGUCUAGACAGCCGCUCCAGCGCGCGGCUGCUCUCCGGUGCCAACCUCACGCCCAGGGCCGCCGAU